AAUACCUACAGAUUCCCCGCGCCGCCCGCUUGGUUCAAGCACGUCUUGCAUCCUUGUCACAUUCAAUACCUACCCAGACCCUUCUUCUCUCAACUUUAUCAUCCCCAAGUACUGUCGGGUACCUGGGUCCAAACCUACACUCUUCUUCUUCUUCUUUUCUUCCUUUAUUUUCCUUUAUUUUAUCUCAAGUAUUUACUCAGGACUGACUUGGCCACAAUGGCCUUUUCCUGAUACUCAUUGUCAGUCCUCCCGCCUGGGUCUUUUGAUAAAAAAAAAGUUGCCGUGCAGUCCCACUUGAUAAACUCGAAUAAUUCUGCGCUGGAUUAUCCUGCAUUGUCGCUUGAGAUAGUCGUAAUCUAGAACCUGGUCUCGACCCGACUGUGUUACACUACAUCGAUAUAUCGCGAUAUCUGUGACGUCCAGCUCUUCCCGGCGAGCCUGCUCCUACGUAAACCGUCGCCUUUCGCAAUUAGUACCACCUUUGUAGUAGGUACUGGGUUUCGACCCCAAUCGCCUUCGACUCUUCCGUAUAUCAUCCACCGUACUAUGCGCCUCCGCCGAGCGGCCCGUGUAAUCCUCGUUGGCGCACCUGGAGUAGGUAAAGGUACCCAAUCCGAGCGACUUCUCACGCGCUUCCCUCAAUUAUCCGCCAUCUCCUCUGGCGACCUAUUACGCCACAAUGUCAAGAACCGGACACCACUCGGCAUUAAGGUCGAGAAGACGAUGAAGACAGGUGGGCUGGUGUCUGAUGACCUUAUACUUCGAUUAAUUACGAAUGAAUUGGGUAGACGCGGCUGGCUUUAUGGAGGACGCCCGAAUGUCAUGACUCUUUCUUCUUCGUCUGCUUCCAUCGACGGGAGCGGCGCAUCAUUAGAGGACACUGCAUCCGCCUUUGGCUCGGGCCUCGAGGCUGAUCCCUUAGCUGGCGCGUGUUUGUCUGCGCAGGCCUCCAACGACCCCGCUGCCUCCUUCCUACUUGAUGGCUUUCCUCGCACUGCGACACAAGCUGAGAGGUUGGAUCGCAUCGUACCUAUCAACUGGGCUGUAUCUAUACAGACGCCAUUCGAUGUUAUCAUGCAGCGUAUCGCCUCACGCUGGGUCCACGAGCCAUCUGGCCGAGUCUACAACACUACAUUCAAUACGCCAAAAGUAGCUGGCUAUGACGACAUCACGGGUGAACCGCUUGUGCAGCGGGUUGAUGAUACGGAGGAGGUAUAUAGGGCACGGUUCCAGAAGUUCCAGGAGACUAGCGAGCCCCUACUGGAACAUUACGCGAAGAAGGGGGUUCUCUGGGAGGUUCACGGCAUGAGCAGUAACGAAAUCAGCCCAAAGCUUUAUCAAGAAUUCGAACGUCGGUUUUUAUGAAUGCGAGGAAUGACGGGUUAAGUGGAGUAUGUACGAUGUAAGCCUCCACUGGCGACAAAGUAUUCCAUUUGAAUACACGAUGGGUCAGGGAUUUCAAAUAGCGGGUACGCUGUAUGGUUCACCGGAGUCUGGGGGGAUGGAUAACAUGAGCGGAGAGACGGUUUACGCUCCGCUUCCGUGUAUAUACCACGUUCAUGCUUGGGUAUUGUUCUUUGGGAUGAGUUGAUUAAACCUUUUGUCGGGUAUUAGUCUUUCAACAGGUUUAUACUACUUUGGACUUUUCCCCGAAGUGAAUAGCUGCUUUAAUAUGAACAAACUCAAAUACCUACA